UAAUGAAUCUGUAAUCUAAUGUAUUUUAGAUCCAAUAAAAAUGUCCUAAUAUUACUGAUUUCAAAACCUUGAACAUGAGAUUUGGGCUGAUAAGUGUACAAUUUGGAAUUUAUUUUUAUAUAUUAUUUGAUUUAUAUGUUGGCCCUCUCCCCAAAAUACAUAAAAUCCUAGUUUCGCGAUUGCCGUCAUCCUAAUAUGAACAUCCUAGAUCAAUAACAUAAAAAAGUUACAAUUUAUUGUAUUUUUCAAUGUUUUCAAAAAAUUAUUGCAUAUUUUAGGAAGAAAAAAAAAAACCUCUUCUAAAUAUAAAAUAAAAACAGAAAAGGUCAGAAAUUAAAAAACAAAAAUUGAAGAGGGGAGUUGCUCUUGUACCACGCCGCCACCGUGGACGCUGGCGAAGAAGGUAAGGCGCAGGGUAUUUCCGUAAUUGCGACUAUCCCGAUUCGGCUACAACGGUUGGUAAUCAAACCCAAUCAUUCACCACUCUCUCCCCUAAUCCAAACGACCAAAAAAAAUACACAUUCACUUAAUCCAACGGCUCAAAACAGACAGAAAUUUAAAAGUGUUAUCAAACGAUCCACAGAUAAGCCCCCCAAAAAACUAGCCGUUACACAGAGAGCGUCGACAGCUCUAACGUUCCCUUUUUCUCUCCUCUCAUCUCUCUCUCUCUCUCUCUCUCUCAUCAACCCUCAUUCAUUUGUUUCUUCGGUGCCAAAACACCAGACAUUCACUGACCUUUUUUCUUCCCUACGUCUCCGGCCAGUCUUCUCUCUUUUCUGGUCACAUUCUGAUGGACUUAGUCGGUAAGAAGGCCGGAUCGGUCACUCCUGUGAAAGACCAACAUGGUUCUCGAUCCAAGAGGCACGGAAACUCGAGAUAUGCCGAGAAUUUGAACCCCAAUGUUUCUCCUGGGCCAAAACCCACGGCUUCCCCUGCGACGAAAUCGACCAAGUCCCAGAAAUCGGCCCCCAAGAACCCGAACCCGGUUGUUCAUUCACCCCGGAACAAGAUCCGGGAGAGGAAGUUCGUCGUGGCAAAGAAGAAAUCGAAGAAAGAGAACCCGAAUGUUGCUUGUAAAUGCAAAGAGAAAGGUAAUUCCAAGAAGUGUCUUUGCGUGGCCUAUGAGAAUCUGAGGGCAUCGCAGGAAGAGUUUUUCAAGAACCGGAACGAUGAAUCGGAUAGUUUGAAGGAGUGUGAUAGAGCUGAGCGUGAACUCGAGGAAGAGAUUGAGAAGGGUUUGAGGAUUCAAGAUGGGUUGGAGGGUGAUUUUGACCCGAGUGAGAUUGACCCGUCUGGUGAAAUGAGUUCUUCGACCUUCAAGAGAAGGAGGGACAAGUUGUUGGAGGAGGCAAGGAAGAGUGUGCCUGAGCGAGGGAAAGUGAUGCACUUGGUUCAGGCCUUUGAGAAACUCCUUUCGAUUCCCUCGAAGGAAUUGGAUGAGCAGAAGGAUGGGGAGGAACCAGAAGAUAAUGGCAAGAAGGCAGAAAAGUGGGCCUUACCUGGAUUGCAACCUCCUAAGGUGCCUGAAGCACAGGUUUCGUCUUAUUCGUUUUGUCCGUCCGAUUUGUUUUUGACAUCUGAGAAUCUUGGUUUGGAUCGGCGGCCUUCAGUUUCGUCUUCUUGGGAUGGAAGUUUGGGAAGUGUUUCAAGCAGGACUUCCAAUGGGGGGCGAAGGAGCCGAAGAAAUAGCUCUGAAUCAUCUAGCACAAUGGGAGGAAGGACAUGGAAGAAAAAGCAGCUCAGAGCCACUAGCCUUAAACCAUUCAAGCUAAGGACAGAGGAAAGGGGAAGACAAAAAGAGGAAGAGUUCAUGAAGAAGAUACAAGAGAUGAUGAUAGAGGAGGAGAGGCAGCGGAUACCAAUUGCUCAGGGCCUCCCAUGGACAACUGAUGAACCAGAGUGCUUAAUGAAACCUCCAGUAAAAGACAUCACAAUACCAACUGAUCUGAAGCUCUACAGUGACAUGCGGGCAGUAGAGCGAGCUGAGUUUGACCAUCAGGUGGCCGAGAAGAUGAACCUGUUUGAGCAAUACAAGAUGGAAAGAGAGAGACUGCAGAAGUUGGCAGAAGAGGAGGAAAUAAGAAGGUUGAGAAAGGAGCUUGUUCCAAAAGCACAGCCGAUGCCCUACUUUGACAGGCCUUUCAUUCCCAGAAGGUCAAUGAAGCAUCCCACUAUACCCAAAGAACCAAAGUUUCAUGUGCCUCAGCAAAAGAAGAUCAAGUCCUGCUUGCCAUGGAACGAUAUCGGCUCCUAUAUUUACCAAGAGUGAAGCUUGAAGAAGACAAGAAAGAACCUGAUUUUGUUUCUCCUUAGCCGUGUGCAUUCAUUCCCCUGUCAUAUUAAUAACUAAUAAUCAAGUGCUUUCUAUUUCUUUCCCAACUUGCUUCUGAUAUUCUUUUUAAUCUUGUAUAUGAAUAUGAAUGAAGCAACUAGUUUAGUUGCAAUCCCAUUAAUUUGAUUCUUUGAAAGGUUACGGCGUUCUUA